GUCCUUCUUGCCAUGGCCUUUGAUCGCUUUACUGCCAUCUGCAAUCCUCUGAGAUAUACAUCCAUCCUCACCAAUAUGAGAAUCAUCACCAUUGGUGUGGCCAUUUUAGGGAGGAGUUUCCUGUUCAUUACCGCUCCCAUUGUCCGCCUAAAGUUCUUCCAUUACUGCCAUCCUCAUAUCCUCUCCCAUUCCUUCUGCCUGCACCAAGACUUACUUCGGCUUGCCUGCUCCGACAUCCGCUUCAACAGCUUCUAUGCGUUAGCCCUGGUGAUCUGCACACUCUUUUUGGAUUCGGUGCUCAUUCUCAUCUCCUACAUCUCGAUCGUGCAUUCAGUCUUGACUAUUGCAUCCCGGGACGAGCGGCUCAAGUCCUUGAAGACCUGUGUCUCCCACAUCUGUGCUGUUCUGGUUUUCUAUAUCCCAAUUAUUGGUUUGACUAUGGUGCACCGCUUUGGAAAGCACCUCUCUCCUGUGGUCCACGUCCUCAUGGGCAAUAUCUAUAUCCUUUUCCCACCCUUGAUGAACCCUAUCAUCUACAGUGUCAAAACCCAACAAAUACGUAGCAGGAUCCAGAGAUGGAUCACUAAACAAAACUGA